UCCAAGCCUUUUUGGAGGACCUUUGUUCAACGGUUUCUUGAUUGUUGCAUGCCGUUUUCCCCACUUGUUGCCCAUCCUUUUUUUCUUGAUCAGGAUUCCUCUAUUGGAUUGCAUGCAUGCUUUGAUCUUGCUAGAGUACCAAUGUGUAUGUGCUGCAAUAAUUGUUUGGUGCCUAUCCUAGAAAAGCAAAAAAAGACACAAGCAGAUCAAGAAGACAUCUUUCAGCUUUUGGACCCCUGCGGUACCAAUAGAAUAUAUUCCUCGACUUGAUUGUUUUCCCUUGUUGGUCUUGAUGAACUUUAUAUCCAUUUCGCUGGGAAUUUGGAUUAUUGGGGCUGUUUUCCCCUCAAAAUUCUCUAAUCCUCAUAGUGACAUUCGCCAGCAUACAUACCGUGUACUGUUUCGCCAUGCUUAGAGAGAUGGCAAAAUAGAACAUUACUGUUGCAAAUACAACUGUACGCCAUUUGAUUCCCUAAAAAGAGAGACUAUAUAUAAAAGAAUCACUGAAAUAUUUUCACACAAUGGUUAUCAGGUAGCAGUUUUCAUUUUAAGAUCGGCGCAAAUCUUGUGUUGAGUUCUAAAAAAAGGGUUCUCAGUUAGGCAGUUUUUAGAACUAUAUGAUGUUUAAAAUUUUCACCCUGCAGCAGGAUGGCAUCUCGAGCCCCAUCGCGGCGCACAUCCUAGACUUCUGCGACGAUGGCAGCGGCGGCGACCUCUUCGCGGCCGUGAACACGGCCUCGGACAUGUUCACGGCGUCAUCAGAGGACGCCUCGUCGUCGUCCGUAACGACGCCUCCCGUGCCCUGCGGCCAAGGCGACAACGUGUCGCUGGGCGGCGCCGCGGCCACGGCCGCUGCCUCGGCCUUCUCCCCGUUGCCGUCCCUGGACUCCACCCUCUCGGCUCUCCUCGAAGAAGAAGACCCACCGGUUCCUGACACCGAACUCCUCCUCCCCAUCGACUACCAGCAGUUCGCGGCGGCGGCGGCCGGAGACGAGCCUCAGCCCGAGCAGCAGUUCGCGCAGGUACCGGUGGUGCUUCCAGUGGCCGGCGCGGCGGAACACCCGGGUCUGCAGACGCAGAUGAGCAGCACGGCGUCGGAGCUGCUGCACGUAGCGUCCUCAGGGUACACCGACGAGUGCUUCGCGGCGGCAAUGGCUGCCGGAGGAGGGUACGUGGGCCUGGACGAGGCCCUGUGCCAGCAGCAGCAUCAGCCGCAGCCGCAGCCGCAGCCCGGCGCGUUGCUCCCCGCCGGCAUGAUGGAAACCGCGGCGCCGGGCUGCUACUUCGGCAACGGCAAGGACACGGCGGCGCCGGCGCAAGCAGCAGGCGGCUUCUUCGGGGCCGGUUGCAGCGGCAUGAUGAUGUCCAUGAUGGGGAUGGAGGAGAUCGGCGAGUACCAGCGGAUGAUGGAGAGCGCCAGCGCCGCGCUGGCCGCCACGCACAGCCCCGACGCCGACUCCGCCGCCGCCGCGGCAGCGCAGCAGAUGGCGUUCGGCGGAAACGCCGCCGGCGAAAUGCAGAUGGGCGGCGGCGGCGGCAGCAUGAGCCCGGGGCGGCUGCCGGCGGCGGCGGAGGCGUCGAGCCUGGAGGACGCCAACUUCAAGAGCGCCCGCAUCACCGUGGAGGAGAGACGGGAGAAGAUCCACAGGUACAUCAAGAAGCGGAACGAGCGCAACUUCAGCAAGAAGAUCAAGUACGCUUGCAGAAAGACCCUGGCGGACAGCAGGCCCCGCGUCCGCGGCAGAUUCGCUAAGAACGACGACUACGGCGAGCCGUCGAGGGUGAUGCAGAACCACGAGGAAUACGACCACAUGGCCGGCAUGAAGGCAGAAGACAUACUGGAUCCGGACGCCCUGCAGGCGCACAUCAACGGGAUGAACUCCUACAUGUACAACCACACUGUUGAAUCCUGGAUGUAACGCAAAAGCACCCAGACGACGAUGGCUAAACUUUCCGGUUUCGGUUUUCCAAUUUUGUGCAGAUUUCAAAGGAGUCUUACUUUUGGUUAUUUGGUCCCACGGAAUAACUGGUCCUGUAUAGGUUAUAAAAAAUGCCCAGCUUGAGUGUAAGUAGUCUUGUUAUUGUAUGCGAGAAUCUGAUUUCACCAACUUACGAUAGAACCUCGGGUAUAGUUGAGAGUUUUGAAUGAAGAAAAUAACGAUUGAAUAUAGAGAUUUGUACUUGCCCUUUUAUCUUGUUAUAAUAGAAACAAAACCUUCUUGGGAUCA